CGACAUUUCAGCAUUUAAAAAAAGCCGCUCUUCCAAAACGAGGCUUACAUAUUACUUCCGGUUCAUAACCUCUUCUUCCGGUAGUUUCUUUCAUUCAAAUCUUGAAAUCUCCACCGUUCGAAGUCGUAACGGAUUCUACGAGCUACCAACACAUUCUGACUUUAGAGAAUGACAUCCAGUGCUGCUUCUCCAAAUAUUCAUACUCCUCCUAACCAAUAUCUACCCGGUUAUCUCUUGGGAGACGUUACACCACAUGGCAGAACGCAAACUCCACUCCGUUGGCCUUCAGGUCAUGCUCAGACCACACCCAUCUCUGCCAGACGUCAACAAGGAACCAAAGUAUCCCCAGCAUCCAGUAUGGUAACGACCCCACCAUCAAGAAGCGAGAUUCUUCGCAGUAAAGAUCGGAGUGCUGCACCGCCUGUCCAGAGUUUAUUCGAAUCUCCAAUGUCUUCAUCAAUGGUAGAGACUUCUUUCCGCCAAACUCCUUACUCCUCCUUCACUCAACAACACACAUCCCCAGCUGUAUCGCGGCCCAUCUCUGAACCUGAAAUGAUGCAAAUUGGUGGAUCAUCACCAUUAUCGAAUACAAGCCCACUAAAUGUCUCUAAUAUUAAUCAAAGUUUCCAGCAGGUCUCCAAAAUACACACAUCUCCAACACAAAUGGAUCCCUUUUAUACUCAAGGAGAAUCUUUAUUGGUUACUGACCAACUUGAUGAAACUUGGGUUACUAUUUUCGGCUUCAAUUCAGCUGCUGCAUCUUAUAUCCUUGACCAGUUCUCACAAUAUGGAAACAUUUUACAACAUGUGAUAUCUUCAGAUGGCAAUUGGAUGCAUAUACAAUAUCAAUCCAAAUUACAAGCUAAAAAGGCUCUCAGCAAGAAUGGCAAAAUAUUUGGUGAUAGUAUUAUGUUGGGAGUUACACCUUGCAUUGAUAAGAAUCUCAUGGAAUCUAACAAAGAAAAUAUACAUAUCCAUAGCAUUCUAUCGGCGCCAUCCAAUAUCUACCAUUCCACACCGAUGUCUUCCAAGAUCCAAAGCCAUUCUCUAUUACCCACGUGAUUGGAACCCCUAACUCUCUCUCAACAGGUGUAAGACCAAUUAAUACACCAAAGUCUUUGCAAAAAAGACCAUUGAAUGAAAGCGAGGUGUUCCAGACAGCACGGACUCCACAGAAAAGCAAUGAUUUUUUCUCUAAAGCCAUGGAAUAUGUUUUUGGCUGGUAGAUUACAUCAAUAUUUUAAGUCCGUAUAUCAUUUUAGGAUUAAAGAAGAAGAAAAAUUCAAAAAUGUUUAAACUAGGGGAUUUAAUGUUUAUAUUUUUUGGUAUAUAAUUAAUCCAUCUCCGAAAGUUUCUGCUUUAUUUUUGUAUAAGUCACCUUUGUACAAAGCUGUCGUUAAUAAUUAAAUAAUAAAUUAAAAGCAACUCUAAGUAAUGUAACCAUUAUCAAUCACCUGUGGAAUGGCAUCCAGGAAAAGCUCCCAAUUAAAGAACACCUGAAUGUCACACGUAGCUUGGUCUGUGAUGUUCAGGGGUUCUUUAACCCUCAGCAUUGUUCAGGGAGCUUUCCCCAGACGCUAUCCCGCAGCAAAUUUGGUGUAUAAACAAAGCACAUUACACUAUGUAUGCGUGACUGAUAAUAAUACCAUUGUUAAUAACUUACAUAUUAGAUACUGCUCUGACGAGCCAUUCAUCAACACCUUGUUACCUUAGCGACCACCCAAUCUGGUACCCUGCCCAAUUGACAGUACCAUCCACAUGUAAUCUGGUGGUAACUAAGGAAACUAGAGAUUAACAAAUGGCUUUUGAGAGGUAAAAAGAAGGGCAGAGAACUGAUGUAUAACAAUUUCUAUAAGUUAGAUUCAAUCAGUUUAGAUAAAAUUAUUUUUUUAAUGCUGCUUUUUGGAUUUGGAUUAGUUGUUGCUUUGGCAUAUCAGUUUAAUUACCCAAUUAUUAAUCUUAAUUACGAGAGAUUUUAGCCUCUGUUUAAUUUACAUAUAUUUUAAUCCAUAACUUUUAAGAUCUGUCGCUAACAUUUUAGACUUUGGUUGAAGUUUGCUUUUCACUGAAACCCCCCCCCCCCCGCUUAAUAUUUUCCCCAAUGCCUUUUGUGAUUGUAAAGAUAUUUUGUUUACCUGUGUAAAUUUUGUAAAUAUAUACAUAUGUAUAUAACUAUGUCGAACUUUUAAACGAGUAAACAGGAGAAAUUAAUAAUUAUGAAUGACACUAUACAGCAAAUAAUUUAUAAUUUUUGUAUAUAGACACAGAUUUAAAGGAAGAUAGGCUCCUGAACCCAAAGUGAAUGAGAGAGAGAAAGCAAUGUAUCCCAUAACCAGACGAUCAUUUCAUAUAUAAGGAACUGAACUCAGGAGGUACUCAAGCCUGGGGUUGCAUGUUCCCUCUCGUUCACUUAUAAAUUGUACAUUUAUUUGCUAUACAGUUUUCCCAUAAUUAUUUAAAGACUGCAAGUUGAAAGGUUCGUCCUUGACCCUGUUUAUACCAACUUGCUUGAAACUGCUCUUGAUCCACUUGUACAAUGUUCCCGUUUUAAACUGGUCUAGACUAAAAACCUUCCAUCAAAAUUUCCUGUUAAUUUGUAUUCGAGUCCCCUGAUUAAUAAUGAGUUAUUUUUUUUAACCCUUUAGCAUUCAAACUAAAAAUAAUCACAUUGAAAUCUCAAACUUAUGGGAUAAUGCAAGAUUAAUUCAAAGGAAUGUGAAUAAGUAAGCUUUAAUUAUGACAGUAAUCUGAAUAAGCACUAACGAGUUAAAUUAUUUUCAAAUUUAAUUGAAAAAAGAGGCAGAGUAUUUUAACAGAAAUAUAUAGACAAAAGGGUUAAACUUUGUUUUAAUCCUAAAAUUUCCUGCAUGGCAU